CGCGAAACUGUACAUAUCCGGGUGUGUAAAUGCACGUGAUCCCACCCUCAUGAUUGACCUCGCGAUGUUUACCUGACAAAUUGAAAUUAAUUACCAAGCUUAAUUAAUUACGGAUCGACAAAGCGGCAGAUACCCUGGAUACAUCGGCUGAUAUAUAACAUGAUGGGGGUCAGAGAACUGCCGUUGGUGUUUGUGAUUUUUCUGUCGACGUUUGUGACCGCGGUGUUCGGACAAUGCACGUACAGGGACCAAUGCUCGUGUUCUCUGUCCGACGGGAGUAUUAUUGACCUGUCUACUCUAGGUAACCAGGACCAGACUCCGGCUUUUCCAGACUCCUUUGCGACUGAUGGUUACUUCUACUCUUAUAAUCCAUGCUACUCCUUUAUAGAAGGAUCCUGUAUGAACGCUGCGGCCUGCCAAAUUAGCGGUGACCAGUCGAUUCAGUACCAGAUCGGGGACGCCACCAGCGUGUCCUACAGCUAUGACGGAACUAACGUCCAUGCUCUGUAUUCUUCCACGGACUCACAGGGUCUCACGAGGAACGUGGAUGUGACACUGGUGUGUGACCAGUCCGGACAGCCGCCAUACUUCUCGCCCCAGGGGGAGGUCAGCAGCUUAAGCUACGCUUUUAGUCUAACCACCAAAUGCGCAUGCCCAAACGGAUGUGGGGCGGGGCCUCCCCCUACAAAUCCCCCUACAAAUCCAACAAAUCCCCCUGGGCCACCGGGCCCAUCAGGCCCGUCGGAAUCUGACGAUUCGGGCAUCAGCACGGGCACUAUAUUGUGUAUAGCAGUCCUAGCUAUUGCGGUGGUGUACUUAGUCGCGGGAACGGUGUUCACUAUGGGAGUACGCAAGAGCAAGGGCAAAGAAGCCAUUCCUAAUGUCAGCUUCUGGACGUCACUUCCGGGAUUAAUCAAGGACGGAUUUAAAUUUACCUUUAGAAAAAUUCGACCGGGAUAUUCUAGUGUGAAGUAAUGACAUGGAUACAUUAUUCUUGUAAAAGCUAACUCAACUGAUUGGUCAGCCGCGAUGAUAAGAAUUUUUUGCCGGAGAGGACAUCCAAAUUUUGGGAUAAAAAAAUCCGGAGAGUUGUAAUUGUUCGAAAGACACGAGAUUUUUUAAAAAAUAAAUCUUACAAUUUA